CAGGCUUAGCAGUCCUGAAUCUCAAGAAGCGCGCAGGAGAGGAGAGGUGUGUUUGCUUGUCUCAGUUCCGCUGUUGCAAGAGCUUGUUUGCUUUUUUUUUUUUGGCGCUCCCGCUUUUUAGAGCCAGGGCUCUUUCGCUUUGCCCUUGCACUUUCCUCCGCCCCCUCCGAGCCAGGAACCUUGCUCCCCACCCGAAGACGCCGCCGCCGAGAUGUCGACACCCAGGUUGUUCGCCCAGACCCUCCCGGGUCUGAGACUCACCUCGAAACGCACCGCCGGCCCCAUUGCGCGGCAUAUGCGAUGUUACACCAAAGCUACCGCCGUGCCCCCACCGGCCGCUCCGAGCCGAUCAGCCCAAAUCUCAGUUCGCCGGUCGCCGUGGUCGACUCCGCUGCAACGACGGGCAUUUUCCGCUUCGGCGACCGUUUCGCAUGGCCAUGUAGAGCCCCCCAAGCCGGGUGAGGAACUCUACGUAACGUUUAUCGACAAGGAGGGCGUCGAGCACAAGAUUGCCGUGUCCAAGGGCGAUAACCUGCUUGACAUUGCCCAAGCGAACGAUCUGGAGAUGGAGGGCGCGUGCGGCGGCUCUUGCGCCUGCUCCACCUGCCACGUUAUCGUGUUGGACCAAGAUUACUACGACAAGAUGCCCGAGCCGGACGAUGACGAGAAUGAUAUGCUCGAUCUGGCAUUUGGGUUACAGGAGACAAGUCGUCUAGGCUGCCAGGUCGUCAUGAAGCCCGAGCUGGACGGGCUGCGGGUGAAGCUCCCGUCCAUGACGAGGAAUCUGCAGUCGAGUGAUUUCAAGUGAACGCGGGCCUCUUCGGAGAAGUUUCCUACUCUACGGCCGGCGUUUUGCGCGAUGCAUAUGGGACUGGAAAGUGCGCAAAAGAUACCAAAAGUACGGCGGGCCGGUAUGCGGGUUCGACCAUGAUGUCCUCCUUAAUCUGGCGGGGUGGCAUCCUGAAUAUU